AUGGAUCAACCCGUCAUUGUCAACUCUUUAUUGACUUUUCUGCGAACUUUUAGAGAGCAUCCAUUGAUUGAACGAAUCAUUAACGAUCACUUUGCUCCGAAACAAAUUUUGGACGCUCGAAAAGUGAUUGAAACGAGACUAGGCGUACAAAAUAUUUCGCAUUCCGUCAAAUUCGUUGAUCUCUUCGAUCUCGCUGACAAUAAAGGAAUUUUGCCAACAUUUGCCGUUGCGGAUUUGAGUGAAUUGCCGAUGGUGAUCGCCAGUCAAGAACAUAGAAAGAUGGAGUUGGUGCGGAAAGAGUGGGAAGAAGAAAAUAGUCAGAGAUCUCAAAAUGAGGCCACUCUCUCAAAGAAUCUCCCGAACGAUCAACAGAAUUCAAAUUUAUCUUCCGAUGUAGUCACUCCAUUUUGCCGCCAAAACCUUGAGGUGAACGCCGCUAGUCCCGAAGCUGCAACAACCACCACUUGCUCGUCAGCCAAUAGUGAAGCGGCCAGCACCUCGCCAAAAGAGUCACCGAUUCCCUCGUCUUAUGAAAUGUCGAUGGAAGUUGGGAAUAAGAAGAGAAAAAUGGCGAGUCGGAGUUUGGAUGCAGCGUUGAAGAGGCUUAGUGAUAGGAGGAUAACUGAGAGUGAACCACCCGCCAAAUCCACCUCCUUCACUCCAAUCCCAACUCCAACCCUCGGCCAACCGAUGACGUCAUUGAUCCCACAAAUCGCUCCCGGUUUAAAUCGAACCCCGUUCUUGAAUGGAAUGGUCGAUGCUCAGGCCUAUUUGAAUAUGCUUCGUCUCCUUCAACAACAGCAACAAUCGCACCUGUUCUCUGGAUGGUCACAACAGUUGAACAACUUGAGGAACACUGUCCCAACUCCAACAAUUAAAGAGGAGCCAAAGAAAGAAGAUGAGGACGAGCUGGAGAAAGAGAGCAAUGAUGGAAGCCCUUCUCCAUCUGAAGAGAUGAAAGACGAUGGGGAUUCGGCUACAGAAAACAAUGCUGAAAAGCCUUACGUGUGCAGCCAGCCAAAUUGCUCGAAGCGUUUUGCAAACAAAUUCCUCCUCAAGAAACACAUGUUCAUCCACACUGGGCUUCGGCCUCAUGCUUGUCCGUAUUGCACUAAAAGAUUCAAUCGAAAGGACAACCUGUUGCGCCACAAGAAAACGCACAUUCAGAAUGGGACCACUGGCAUGCCAGGCGCUCCACGCAGAGGCUUGCGACUCUUCAUGCCGAGUGGUGGAGAAAUCUCUGAUGAUAUUAGUGAU